UAGCAGAGGCAACAAGUUUAGACCCUCUGGCACCAGAAAGAACAAACAAAGCGAUUGUAAAAAUUGCUCUAUAUAAUGCUAUAAACUAUUACUGGGAAGUACCAUCAAAAGAAGGAAUGUUAGCUGCAUUACUUGAUCCUUGGUGUAAAGCAUUAAAGUUUGCUUCAGAAUCUUUAAAAUCCCAAACUUACAAUUCAUUGUCUUCUAUGUUUCAAUUAAAUAAUGCUCAAGUGGUUAAAAUUUCUGACUAUAUUGGAAUACCAGAAAUUUCUUAUGAUCAAUGCCUAUUUGAAUGGUAG